UCAAUUCAAUUACCAAAUUUCUUCUUUUUCUCUCUCCUUCCAGUCCUUAACUCCUCAAUCUGAUCAUUAUACUUACUUCUUACACAUUUUUCUCUCUCCUUUCCACCCCUCCUGUAACUAACAUCUUUGUUGUUCAAAAGUUUGAACAGCAGAGUCCUCAGAAUCCCAGAACUUUAAGUACUAAAUUUCAAGAAAGUAGAAAUUUUUUUUACAAAAUAAAGGAAAAAGUCAGCAGUUCAAGAUUAAGGUAUGCAGAGCGUAUUACAAAAAGUAUCAGCAGCUCAGAAUCUGAAAUUGGGUCUUUUUGUUGAAGAAAGUGAACAAAGUUGGAAUUUUUAGGGUAGUUUUGUAAAAAUCAAAUCUUGCUAGUCCUAUCCGAUUCUUGAAAGAAAACUAACUGCAACGGAUUGUUAUUUGCCAAGUUUGGAAGUUCUUCAAGCAUAAUGGAUAUGGCUGAAAAGGAUAAUAUUGGACCAGAGAAGAGGAAUGAAGAUCUUCUGAACUACCAAUCCUCGAAUAUGCCUUCAGAAUGGCAAUUAAGUGGUAAUUCCCUGUCCAAUGCAUCCAUGGGAUUGAUUUCUUCAGGCAAUCUGGAGCAACCUUCUAGCUCCAAUGCUGCAGUAAUUGAUUCAUUGUGUCCUACUAUGUGGGAACAGUCAUUGACUGCACAAAAUUUAGGUUUCAAUGACAACAAUGUUCAACAUAAUACUAGUACUUCAAAUGCUUUGGGGAAUAGAGCAGGUGGUUUGGGACCCCUGAGAGCUGGUCUUGAUAGUUUAGUUGGUAUGGGAAUGGGAUGGACUCCACCUAAUGCAAUGUUGAAAGGGGGCAUGUUUCUACCAGGUUCACCUGGGUAUCUUCCUCAGACUUUGGCUCAUUUUCCUGCUGAUUCAGGUUUCAUUGAAAGAGCAGCGAGAUAUUCGUGCUUCAGUGGUGGAAAUUUUAGUGAAUUAAUUAAUCCCUUCAAUGCAUCUGAUUCAAUGAAUCCAUAUGCUGGGGGGCUGGCAUCAAUGCUAGGAUCUCAAGAGGCUUUGAUGGGAAAUGGGCUGAAUCCAACAUCUGAAAUGCAGCCCCCAAAAAAUGAGAUGAACAUGACUGAAAGUUCCAAACAUGUUUCUUUUCCUACUGAGUGUGGGCCCUCUGAGGGAAUCCCUCUCAAGAAUGAGAAGAAGAGUGAGAGCUUAGUGAGGUCUCACGAUGAAGCUAAAGGAGGUGUCGGUGCUUCUGGCAAUGAUUCUGAUGAAGCUGAAUUUAGUGGCCGAGGUGGUCAAGAAGAAUUGGAUGCAGCAGAUGGAGAGUCUACUCCUAAGGGAAUUGGAUCAAAGAAGAGGAAAAGAUGUGGUCAGGAUUCUGAACACAACCAAAAAAAGGGAUCUUCACAACAAGCUGCUGAAGUUCCAAAUGAUGGUACUGAAGUUCAGAAGAAGGGAGACCAGAAUCCAACCUCCAGCAAGCCUGGUGGAAAAAAUGGUAAACAGGGACCUCAAGCCUCAGGUUCACCUAAAGAAGAAUACAUUCAUGUCAGAGCAAGAAGAGGCCAGGCCACAAACAGCCAUAGUCUUGCGGAGAGAGUAAGGAGGGAGAAGAUCAGUGAAAGGAUGAAGUUUCUUCAGGAUCUUGUCCCUGGCUGCAGCAAGGUUACUGGAAAAGCUGUUAUGCUGGAUGAGAUCAUUAACUACGUCCAAUCUCUACAACGUCAAGUUGAGUUCCUGUCAAUGAAGCUUGCAACAGUAAACCCAAGGUUAGAUUUUAACAUUGAAGGGCUCCUCGCAAAAGAUGUCCUUCAAACCCGAGCUGGUCCUUCAUCACUUACUUUUCCACCUGAUAUGAGUAUGGCAUAUCCUCAGCUGCAUCAAUCACAACAAGGAAUGGUCCAAGCAGGUCUUCAUGGCCUGGGGAGCCCUUCAGAUGUGCUUCGAAGAUCCAUCAAUUCACCUCUGACCACCGUGAGUGGAAACUUGAAGGAACCUUCAUCUCAUGUACCUAAUGUGUGGGAAGAUGAGCUUCAUAAUAUAGUCCAAAUGGGCUUAAAUUCAAGUGCUCCUCUCAGCAGCGAGGAUAUAAGUGGGUCUCUGGCGCCAGGCCACAUGAAAGCUGAACUCUGAUCGUGUUUCUUAAGUUUGUAAUUUGGUACAUUCUGAUAAUUUUUUAAAGAGGUCGAUGAAUGAGGAUAUCUCUGCAUACCAAGAUUAACCAUUCAGUCAAAGGUUUGAGAAAGUACAGUUUCACCUUUUGCCAUACAAAAGCCUUCCCCAAGUAGAUGGACCAAGUUGUAUCUUUGGCUGGAGCUCUACUACCACUAUUGAAGCAUCUUAAAAGCUCAGUGAUUUUGUUCUUGUACGGUCCUUCUUGGUAAAUUAUCUAUUACAAAAUACAGCACAUCGAAUCUUGAAUCUUCUCCCACAUGGCUGAGGAAAAGCCAAUGAUAUUUGAUAAUAGCGCGAUGAAGAGGAGGGGUUUUGGACCGUAGAACGUAAAUUUUUGGACAUUGCAAGAGGAACAGGGGAUGGUUGUAAGCCUUGUAAUCAAUUCUGGGCGCUUAAGAAGAUAUUAGUUGAAACUAUGCUUUAAUUUUCAAUUCUAGCUGGAAGAAGUGGGAAGCAUUCUGUGUUGCUGACCUGUUGCCAAUGAAAACGAUACUAGUACAUUUCUUUUGGUUUUAAAACAGUGUGAUGUGAUUCUAUUUGUGCUC